UUGCAAACGUCACAAAGCCCCGCCUCUUUACUUAUUCAACCGUAGAUUGAACUGCGUACUAAAAUGACCCGCACCCUGUCCACUUACCAUUACUCGGAAAAUGAGAUUUGACCAGUGCUGGUUGACCCUGUGCUUGCUUUCUGUGGAAGUACUGCACAUGUCUGAGAGUAUAGCUGUGAAGUUCUCUCAAAAUGAGCCUUUAUAUGUGGCUCUGGGUCAAACUCUGGUUCUAGAAGUCCAGUUUCAACUACAGCAAAAGGAGACGAUACAAUUACUCACAUGGGAGCUUAAGAACAGCAACGGCGAAGUCCGAGUGGCCGAAGGUCUGACAACAUAUAACAACAGGACAGCUGUAGGGAAAAGUGGAGCACUUUUGAGGAUUAAAGGUGUUGUUGACAGCGAUUAUGGAAUCUACAAGGUCACAGUCACCUCAGAUAACGGAGACCAAAUGUCCGAUUCUCGUCAAGUCCUGCAAAUAACAAAUCCUCCAACCGCUUCUCUUUCCAUGCACUGUAGCGUCGCGGCUCAGGGAGCACAAUGGGACAGUCCUAGCUUCUUAUGGUACGUGGAUGGUGUCAAGGUCACCAAUGAGACUGGCGAGAUAUCGGAAGAAGGCAGCUUGCUCCGCUUGGUCAAACUAGGCCACAACUACACCUGCAUCGCGAGCAGCAGUCAGGGGACAAGCCAAGCACAAGUGCACAGGAUAGGACCACCAACACCAUCACCAUCACCACCACCAACACCAUCACCACCCCCGGGCCCCUGUCACUGUACUGGGUUGAUUGUGGCUGUAGUCAUUGAAUCCAUCACUCUUGGGCUUUUAAUAAUUGGGGGAUGCGUAUGGUAUAAGAAGAAUAAUGCCAGUGGAUGUGCGGAGAGUGUGCCGAACACUGAUAUAGACUUCUGAGCACCUUUUUUUUCCAUGAGAAAGUAUUGUUAUUUAUUUUGAAAUAAAUUAUUUAUGUAUAGGAAUAUCGAUUGUACUCUGACAUUCUGUAAUCAACUUAAGUGGACAUUUUCCUGUACCAUGGGCAACUUUACCAGAUACACUUACCAUACCUUGUAAUGACUAUUAACUGACUCUGUGGGUAGAAUUAUUCACCACAGUCCACCGGCCAUUUUCUAGAAGUCUUCUGGAACUCGUGGACUGGUGGAUUUUGUGCAGUAAUUACAACUGUCAUGCACCUACAUGUUAAGAGUAUCUGAUAAAUCCUGCAAUGGUAUAAAAUGGCCUUAAAAUUCAUUCAGAUAUUAAAACAAACACAUUUAAACAUGAAUUUCACUGGAUUUUAUACGGUCAAUCCUAAUUAUGCAUAGUUAUUUUGAUGGUCUACACAAUGUGGUUGCUCUGCUAUGGGCAUCUGUAUUAAAAAAGAAAAAGAAAGGUAACUGACUACAUACAUCUACUAUGAAGGAGACUGGGACUAAGGUCUGUACAAAGAAGGGCAGUUUUAAUUGUUUUAAAAGUUUAGGGACCCCUCCAAAUUAUUGUUGUUUUUCAGGGUUUGGGCUCAGCCCCUUAGAUUCAGUGAAAGGAACUCUUAAUGCUUCAGCUUCGAGACAUUUUGGAUAAUUUCAUGCUCCCAACUUUGUGGGAACAGUUUGGGGCAAGGUCCAUAAAGACAGACGAACGAGUUUGGUGUAGAGGAACUUGACUGGCCUGCACAGAGUCCUGAACUCAACCUUUGGAUUGAAUUAGAGCGGAGACUGUAAGCCAGACCAAAACUGCGACAUCUGCCUUUACAUGUAAUAUGGAGGUGGCCCACCCUUGGCAGCUACAACAGCUUCAGCUCUUCUGGGAAGGCUUCCACAAGGUUUAGGAGUGUGUUUAGGGGAAUUUUUGACCAUUCCUCUAGAAGCGUGUAUAUAUAUAUACACUGCAUAUACUGCCUAUAUAUACUGAUGCCCUUAUCCCGAGCUUUUGUUAUUGGAAGUUAUUCAUUCAUUCAUUCAUUCAUUGUCUAUACCCGCUUAUUCCUAAGACUCCUAGGGUCACGGUGGUCUGCUGGAGCCUAUCCCAGCACACAUAGGGCAAAAGGCAGGGGUACACCCUGGACAGGUCGCCAGUUAUUAGAAGUUAUUUAUUAUUAAAUACUAAAACCCUACAAAUAUGAUCUUUAAUGAAGGACUACUGAGCACUAUAUUUUUUUAACUCUUCUUUACAUUAAAGUUUUCCAAUACAUUUUCUUAAUGUCCAAAUACUUUUUGAGAAGCUUAUGGCCAAAGAUAUAAGGACAUCUGAACAAUCACACCCAUUUACACUAUUGCAGAAUAUCCCAUUUUAUAUCCUCCAAUCUCCUGAGAAGUCUUUGUAUUGGAUUUUGGAGCUAGGUGCAGACGUCUGACAUGCAGUCCGCCUUUCAAGCCUGUCAAGCCAAAGUCCGGCAAAAAAACACGGCAAGCCACGGCUUCAUAGAGCUCGCUUUGUCAUGCUGGAACGGGUAUGGGCAUUUUGGUUCCGGUACAAAGGAACUCUUAAUGAUGCAGAGAUAUUCUUGAUAAUGUUGUACUGCAAACCUUCUGGUCAAAGCCCACCUAUGCAUGUGUUUUCAAAUAGUAACCAUCAUCAGAAGUGUCUUUUUUUUUGUGUGUGUAAAAUAUUUCCUGAUUUUGUUUUCCUAUUUUUCCCAAUGAUUUAUACACCCAUUCCCUGCACUACCACAUUUGUUACUAACUCUCCUUUUAAUAGUCACGUUCAGUAGAACACCAUUCAGUAGAAUUGAAAUGAAAUCUUAAAAGUUCUUCUAAAAGACGCUUUACACUCCUGUGCGUUAUGCUUCUUCCAAAAGACACUUACACAUACAAAACAUACACUCCAGUAUGCCCAAUGGACAAAGAGGUCAGGAAAAAACAAAUUCAAAGAGCAGUCACAGGAAAAGGAAAAGGGACAUUGUUCCUAAAACCAAACCCUCUUAUUUUCUACAGUAUGCUUGUUUCGAACACCAAGAACGUUUUCGUUAAAACAAUAGCUUAGAGGUAGAAUUCGUUAUUUUUUAAACAAAUGAAGCAAUCAUCAUUAAAUGUUAUUGAGACUCUAAUUACACUGUAGCACUUGGAGCAUAUAUCUGUUGAUCUCAGCGCUGUUUAUUUCCCAUCUCACCUAUUUCGAGUCGCAUUAAUUAUUUAGAGUCUCAUUAUUAUCCACAGCCGCCAAAAGUAAUGGAAUGUGAAAGUCGGUGACGUGCCUUUUCUUUCUUACCUCAACACUGUGUCUUUUUUCAAAGUGUAAUGAAUAAUGAUGUACUUUUGAACACUUUUUGAACAAUUUGAAACCACUAAUACAUAAAAUUGUAUGGUUUAAAUCUAUGAAACAUAAAAUGCCUCAAUAAAUUAUAUAUUAAUUUAUA